ACCCGCCCCCCGGGUGGAAGGGGUGCCGGGCGGCCCGGUUAACUCCUGAAAGGCGGGCGCGCGAGCCGGGGCGGGCGCAGGACUUUUCUCUCCGGUCUAACCGCUUCCGACGGUUAGAAGUGCCUGCCACUUCCCGUAGAACGUCUCGGCUGCGCCUGUGCCUCCCGAAGAGAAGUGCGUGAGGUUAGGGCGAGUGCGGGCGAGACCGUGCGCCGCUUCUUCCUGUCUCAGGAAGUUCGCUUUCAGCCUCUGCGAUCCGGGAGCGGUGCUGUGACUUUGACAGCUCAGCCCUCCUCCCCGCCCUGCUCGCUGCUCGGCGCUCCUAAGGACAGUGCUGAUUGAAUGCACUCCGCGCUCCGCGCCUGGGAGAACGUGGGAGAUGGGCCUAGGUCAUGAGCAAGGAUUUGGAGCCCCCUGUUUAAAAUGCAAAGAAAAAUGCGAAGGAUUUGAGCUUCACUUUUGGAGAAAAAUAUGUCGUAACUGCAAGUGUGGCCAAGAAGAACAUGAUGUCCUAUUGAGCAAUGAAGAGGAUCGAAAAGUGGGGAAACUUUUUGAAGACACCAAGUAUACGACCCUGAUUGCAAAGCUAAAAUCAGAUGGAAUUCCCAUGUAUAAACGCAACGUUAUGAUAUUGACCAAUCCGGUUGCUGCCAAGAAGAAUGUCUCGAUCAAUACAGUUACCUAUGAGUGGGCUCCUCCUGUCCAGAAUCAGGCAUUGGCCCGGCACUACAUGCAGAUGCUGCCCAAGGAGAAGCAGCCGGUGGCGGGCUCCGAGGGGGCGCAGUACCGGAAGAAGCAGCUGGCAAAGCAGCUCCCCGCACACGACCAGGACCCAUCCAAGUGCCAUGAGCUGUCUCCCAAAGAGGUGAAGGAGAUGGAGCAGUUUGUGAAGAAAUAUAAGAGCGAGGCUCUGGGAGUAGGAGACGUCAAACUUCCCCGUGAAAUGGACGCUCAAGGCCCCCCCAGGAUGGACAGCCCUGGAGGGGACCGCAGCACGGCGGCUGCGGUGGGGGCCAUGGACGGCAAGUCGGCCGAGCACCGGAGAACUCAGUAUUCCUGCUACUGCUGCAAACUGAGUAUGAAGGAAGGUGACCCAGCCAUCUAUGCUGAAAGGGCCGGCUAUGAUAAACUGUGGCACCCGGCUUGUUUCGUCUGCAGUACCUGCGAGGAACUCCUGGUCGACAUGAUUUAUUUCUGGAAGAAUGGGAAGCUGUACUGUGGCAGACACUACUGUGACAGCGAGAAACCCCGAUGUGCUGGCUGUGAUGAGCUGAUAUUCAGCAAUGAGUAUACCCAGGCAGAAAACCAAAACUGGCACCUGAAACACUUCUGCUGCUUUGACUGUGACAACAUCCUAGCUGGGGAAAUAUACGUGAUGGUCGAUGACAAGCCCGUGUGCAAGCCCUGCUACGUGAAGAACCACGCUGUGGUGUGUCAAGGGUGCCACAACGCCAUCGACCCUGAAGUGCAGCGGGUGACUUAUAACGGUUUCAGCUGGCACGCGGCCGCCGAGUGCUUCCUGUGCUCCUGCUGCAGCAAGUGCCUCCUGGGGCAGAAGUUCAUGCCGGUGGAGGGGAUGGUCUUCUGCUCCGUGGAGUGUAAGAAGAUGAUGUCCUAGGGGGAGGCCCCGGCCGAGCGGAGCCACGCCAGGCCCCGCGCUCUGAUUUGCUACUGUAACAUGCAAUUUGGAAAAAUAAAUAGAAGAAAAGAAACU